AUGCUUUCUCUUCGUACCAUCACCCGCUCUAUCCCGCGCACUUUCUCGCGCUCCAUCGCCACUUCGGCUCUGCGCCCGGCUUUCCCCAAGCCCGCUCUCCAAUCAUGGAAGCAGGCCACCAAGCCAGCCUACGCUGCUUUUUCCACCUCAACCAUCUCUAAGGCUCCUUCAUCUGAUUUCGAUGUCGAGCUUCUUGCUAAGCUCGAGGAUGAGCUGAAGCACGAGGAAUCGUCCGAUGUGCCCGAGUUCAACGAGCAACAGGAAAUCAUCUCCGAGAUUGUCAAGCACGGCGAAUGGCAGGUAAAGGAUGUUCCCGGUGAGCAGGAGGUUGUCCUGACCAAGAAGUUCGGUCCCGAGAGCAUCCGCGUCAGCUUCACAGUUGCCGAUAUUCAGAACAUCAGCGAACAGGAGGACUUUGACGACGCCGCCCUGAACGACGAUAUGGACUUCCAGAACCAGCCGCGCGACCAGAACAACGAGUUCGAGCAACCGGAGCCCAGCUUCCCUGCUCGCGUUAACGUCAUCGUUGAGAAGCCCAGCCACGGUGCUCUUCUGAUCCAGACUGUCGUCCAGGACGGUGUUUUCCAGAUUGAGGAGGUCUCCCACUUCGCCCAGGCUGAGCUUGCCCUGGCUCAGACCGCCGAGAAGGAUUGGGCUCGCCAGAGCCUCUACGCUGGUCCUCCCUUCGAGAACCUCGACGAGGACUUGCAGGGUCUCUGGGACCGAUACCUCGAGGACCGUGGUCUUAACGCCGAGUUCGCCAACAUGAUUCCUGACUACAUCUCCGUCAAGGAGCAGAAGGAGUACCUGCGCUGGUUGGAGACUGUCAAGAACUUCAUCGGUGCUUAA